GGAGGCGGGGCCCGGUGGGAGGGGCGGACGGCGCCCGGCUGGCACUGCUCAGACCUGCUUCUCCCGACUCGGGGCGCUGAGGCGGCUUCGGGGAGUUGUCCAACAUGGAGGAGGCACCAGCUGCGGGCGUCACCUGCGAGCGGGACUAACACCCGCCUGGCGUUCCGGGCAGCGGUGCCGGGUCCCGAGCCCUGGGACUCGGCCGCCUGCACGCCCCACGGCGGACCCCGGCUCCGGUUGCUCGUCGGGCCGCGGGCUUCCCGACGGGGACGCAGCGCAAGGAGGGAGCGCAGCGGCCCCGAGUCCCUCUGAGCCAUGGGCAACGAGGCGAGCUUGGAAGGGGAAGGGCUCCCGGAAGGGCUGGCGGCGGCGGCGGCGGCAGCCGGAGGAGGGGCUGGCGGGGCGGGGAGCUCCUUGCACACCGUGAUCCCGGCCGGCAUGGAGGCGGAUCUGAGCCAGCUGAGCGAAGAGGAGAGGAGACAGAUCGCCGCUGUCAUGUCAAGGGCGCAGGGGCUGCCCAAGGGAAGCGUUCCCCCGGCCGCUGCGGAGCCGUCUUCCAUGCACAGGAAACAAGAGUUGGAUAGUAGUCAUCCUCCAAAACAAUCAGGGAAACCGCCAGACCCUGGGCAUUCAGCUCCGCCUGGUCUCAGUAAGAGUAGAACUACAGACACUUUGAGGUCAGAGCAGAAGUUGCCUGGAAGGAGUCCUUCCACUAUUAGCUUGAAAGAAUCAAAGUCCAGAACUGAUCUGAAGGAAGAGCACAAGUCUAGUAUGAUGCCUGGCUUCCUCUCAGAGGUUAACCCUUUAAGUGCUGUCUCCUCGGUUGUAAAUAAAUUUAAUCCUUUUGAUUUGAUAUCAGACACUGAUUCAUCCCAGGAAGAAACUGCCAAGAAACAGAAAAUGGCUCAGAAAGAACAGGGAAAACCCGAAGGAAUCACAAAACCUCCACCACAACAGUCACCUAAGCCAAUUCCUAAGCAGCAAGGACCUGCGAAGGUCCCACUGCAGCAGGAUGGCUCUCCCAGAUCAGUAUCUUCUCAGCAACCAGAGAAGAUUAAAUUACAACCUUCAGGGACAGGAAAGCCAAUUGAGGGGCUUACCCAGGCUCCUCAGACAGACCAGGCACAAUUGCCCCUUCAAAGAGAUGCAACCAGGCCUCAGACAAAGCAGUCAGACACACUAAGGGGAGAAUCAGUUAAACCCUCUUUGCAAAGCCCAUCCAAACCACCUAUUCAGCAGGGAGGUCCUGGAAAACCUCCAGCCCAGCAGCCUGGACCUGAAAAACUUGCUACAGCACAGCCUGGGCCUGCAAAGCCCUUAGCUCAGCAAACAGGGCCAGCAAAGGCCCUAGCUCAACAGCCGGGGACAGCAAAGCCCCCAGCCCAGCCACCAGGGACAACAAAGCCUACUGCUCAGCAGCCUGGGCCAAAGUCUCCAGCUCAGCCUGUUGGGCCUGCGAAGCCUCAAACUCAACAGGCUGGGUCAGACAAACUUCCAUCUCAGCAGCCAGGGCCAGCAAAGCCCCCAGCCCAGCAGCCAGGGACACCAAAAUCUCCAGCUCACCAGCCUGGGUCACAGUCUCCAGCUCAGCCACCUGGGCCUGCAAAGACUCCAUCUCAGCAAGUUGGGGCAACAAAGUCUCUGGGUCAGCAGCCAGGGACAGGAAAAACUCCUGCUCAACAGCCUGGCCCGGCAAAGCCCCCACCUCAACAGCCCGGCCCGGCAAAGCCCCCUCCUCAGCAGCCUGGCCCGGCAAAGCCCCCUCCUCAGCAGCCUGGCCCGGCAAAGCCCCCUCCUCAGCAGCCUGGCCCGGCAAAGCCCCCUCCUCAGCAGCCUGGCCCGGCAAAGCCCCCUCCUCAGCAGCCUGGCCCGGCAAAGCCCCCUCCUCAGCAGCCUGGCCCGGCAAAGCCCCCUCCUCAGCAGCCUGGCCCGGCAAAGCCCCCUCAUCAGCAGCCAGGCCCGGCAAAGCCCCCUUCUCAGCAGCCCGGCCCGGCAAAGCCCCCACCUCAACAGCCAGUCCCGGCAAAGCCUUCAGCUCAGCCGUCUACAAAACCAGUAAGCCAAACAGAAGCUGGGAAACCUCCUCAGCCAUCCACUGCUCCGUCUGCAGCCCAGACUCCAGGACAAGGCCUCCCUAAAACCAUCUGUCCUCUUUGCAAUACCACUGAACUUCUGUUGAAUGUUCCAGAAAAGGCCAAUUUUAACACAUGCACUGAGUGUCAAACCACUGUGUGUAGCCUGUGUGGUUUUAAUCCCAAUCCUCAUUUAACCGAGAUAAAAGAGUGGCUCUGUUUAAACUGUCAGAUGAAAAGAGCUCUCGGAGGUGACCUGGCUCCAGUUCCCUCAUCACCUCAGCCUAAACCGAAGAUUGCCCCUGUUGGUCCUGCAUCUGCCGUGAGCAAACCAUCCCCACAGCCACAGCACACUUCUCCAAAGAAGGAUACUGUACCCAAGCAGGAGAUCUCGAAGGCACCUGAGUCUAAGAGGCCCCCACCUCUAGUGAAACAACUGACCAUUCACGGCUCUCCCCCACUUGCCGCCAGGCAACCUCCAGUGGCGGCGGAGUCUUCGCCCAAGCCAGCCCCUCCCAAAGAGCCCUCGGUUCCCUCUGAGCAGGCCGAGGUCCCCGUGGCUGAUGAUAAACCAAAGCAGCCCAAGACGGGAAAGCCAGCCACAGACGUCGCGUCUUCAUCGUCAGUAGCAGCACAACCUGAUAUUCCAAGCCCCAAAGUACAGUUGGCAGAUCAAGAGAUUAUAACCCCUCCUCUAAAAACAGACGCUGCCAAACCCUCCCAGAGUUUUCCACCAACGGGAGAAAAAGUCACCCCGUUUGAUUCUAAAGUCAUACCCCGACCUGCAUCAGAUUCAAAAAUUAUUUCACAUCCUGGGCCCAGCCCAGAGGGCAAAGGUCAAAAACAAGCUGAUCCAAUUCAGAAGAGAGAAGAGCCCAAGAAAGCACAAACCAAAAUGAGUCCUAAGCCAGAUGCCAAGCCGAUGCCAAAAGGGUCACCUCCACCCGCGGGCCCACGACCUCCCACUGGCCCAACUGCCCCCACAGCUCAGCAGCCCCCAAAGCCUCAGGAACAGUCGCGACGUUUCAGUCUGAAUCUGGGAAGUAUUACCGAUGCCCCUAAAUCGCAGCCCACGACUCCUCAAGAAACUGUGACUGGAAAACUCUUUGGGUUUGGAGCAUCAAUCUUCAGCCAGGCAUCAAAUUUAAUCUCCACAGCAGGCCAGCCUGGGUCUCAAUCUCAGAGUGCUCUUGGAGCCCCAACAAAACAGGGCCCUCCUCCUUCACAGCCACCUCCUUCUCAGGGGCCACCCAAAUCCACAGGUCAGGUACCACCGGCACCUGCAAAGGUUGUACCUGUGAAAAAGGAAGCAAAAGCUCCAGUAGUUGAAAAAUUAGAACCCAAAUCUGAACCAGUUCCAACAGUAAAAAGAACAGAAACAGAAAAGAAGCCUCUGCCUGUUAAGGAUAGCAAACCUCUAACAGCUGAGCCUCAAAAGGCUGUCCUUCCCCCCAAAUUGGAGAAAACUCCCAAACCAGAAUCAGCCUGUCCUCUCUGCAAGACUGAACUCAACGUAGGUUCUAAGGAUCCUCCUAACUUCAAUACUUGCACGGAAUGCAAGAAUCAAGUGUGUAAUCUCUGUGGAUUUAACCCUAUGCCACACUUGACUGAGGUUCAAGAAUGGCUUUGUUUAAAUUGCCAAACCCAGAGAGCAAUAUCAGGACAGCUUGGAGAUAUGGGCAAAAUGCCACCUACACCUUCAGCACCAAAAGCCUCCCCUAUGCCUAUCCCUCCAGAACAACCAUCUCAGAAAACAGCAAUGCCUACUCAAGUAAAAGUGAAAAAGAAGGAACAAGAAGUAAAAACAGAAGCUGAACAAAUCAUUCCAGAAAAAGUGAAAGAGAUACCAUCAGUGGAAAAGAUUGUCCCGAAGGGGACCACAGACCACAAACAAGAGAGUAAACUAGAGAAAACUUCAGCCCCUGAAGACAAAAAGCCACUCCCAGAAGAAAAAAAGCCCCCUCUUGAAGAAAAAAAGCCACCCACUGAAGACAAAAAGUUACCUCCAGGAACAAAAACAGCUCUGGAGGAGGAACAGAAACAAGACUUAGCUAAAACUCCAGUACCAACUGCUGAGGAAAAGCCUGAAGGCAGAGUGACUCCACAGGUUGUACAAGAGAAGCUACCACAGACCAAGAUGGAAGACAAACCCUCUGGCCCACCUCCAAGUUUGUCAAAGGAAGAUGAUGAGGUGCCUCAAAAAAUUAAAGACCAGCCACAGGCAGCACGCCCAGCAAAGCCUGAUCAGGUGGAACCUGGGAAAGAAAAAACAGAAAAGGAAGAUGACAAAUCAGACACUUCAAGUUCUCAGCAACCAAAAAGCCCACAAGGUCUGAGUGACACAGGAUAUUCUUCUGAUGGGAUAUCAAGUUCACUUGGUGAAAUUCCAAGUCUUAUUCCAAGCGAUGAAAAAGAUUUGCUCAAGGGACUCAAAAAGGACUCUUUUUCCCAAGAAAGCAGUCCUUCCAGCCCCUCAGAUUUGGCUAAGUUAGAAAGUACAGUCCUCUCCAUUUUGGAAGCUCAGGCAAGUACACUUGUUGAAGAAAAGUCAGAAAAGAAAACUCAACCUCAUGAGGUUUCUUCUGAGCAGCCAAAGGACCCACAGAAAACUCAGAGUUUAUCUGAAACAGUGGAAACUACAAUUUCAGAAGAGGAGCUCAAAAAGAGUCCAGAAGAAAAAGACACUUUAAAAAAAGAUAGCCAACAAGACAUUCCUUCCAGAAAGGACCAUGAAGAAAAGUCCGAGUUUGUUGAUGACACAGCUACAAGAAGACAGCUUUAUGAUUCAGUCGAAGACAGUAGUGAAAGUGAAAAUUCACCUGUUCCACAAAGAAAACGGAGAACCAGUGUUGGUUCAUCGAGCAGUGAUGAGUAUAAACAGGAAGAUAGUCAAGGGUCUGGUGAAGAGGAGGACUUUAUUCGAAAACAGAUUAUAGAAAUGAGUGCUGACGAAGAUGCUUCAGCUUCUGAAGAUGAUGAGUUCAUUAGGAGCCAGCUCAAAGAGAUUAGUAGUAGUAUUGAGAGCCAGAAGAAGGAAGACAUGAAAGGAAAAGGGAAAGCAACAGCGGGGAAACACAGGCGACUAACUCGGAAAAGCAGUGCCAGCUUUGAUGAUGAUGCAGGGAGACGCCAUUCGUGGCAUGAUGAAGAUGAUGAGACAUUUGAUGAGAGUCCUGAGCUUAAGUACAGAGAAACUAAAAGUCAAGAGAGUGAAGAACUUGUAGUUGCUGGAGGAGGGGGGCUACGUCGCUUCAAAACCAUUGAACUCAACAGCACAAUAGCAGAUAAAUACUCUGCAGACUCAUCACAGAAAAAAACGGCUUUGUAUUUUGAUGAGGAGCCAGAAUUGGAAAUGGAGAGCUUGACAGACUCCCCAGAAGAUAGGUCAAGAGGGGAAGGGUCUUCUAGUCUUCAUGCUUCCAGCUUCACUCCUGGCACAUCCCCUACCUCAGUGUCGUCUCUUGAUGAGGACAGUGACAGUAGCCCAAGUCACAAAAAAGGAGAGAGCAAACAACAACGUAAGGCUCGCCACAGGUCACAUGGUCCUCUUUUACCUACUAUUGAAGAUUCUUCAGAGGAAGAAGAAUUGAGAGAGGAGGAAGAAUUAUUAAAGGAGCAAGAAAAGCAGCGGGAAUUGGAACAGCAGCAAAGAAAGACUUCUAGUAAGAAAUCAAAGAAAGACAAAGAUGAACUUCGAGCUCAGAGAAGGAGGGAAAGACCAAAGACACCACCCAGUAAUCUCUCUCCCAUUGAAGAUGCAUCUCCAACAGAAGAAUUACGCCAGGCUGCGGAAAUGGAGGAGCUGCAUCGAUCUUCUUGUUCUGAAUACUCACCUAGCAUAGAGUCAGACCCAGAAGGCUUUGAAAUAAGCCCAGAAAAGAUAAUAGAAGUGCAAAAAGUUUAUAAAUUGCCCACAGCUGUGUCUUUAUAUUCACCAACAGAUGAGCAGUCUAUUAUGCAGAAAGAAGGUGGCCAAAAGGCAUUAAAAAGUGCCGAGGAGAUGUAUGAAGAAAUGAUGCACAAAACCCACAAAUAUAAACCUUUUCCAGCUGUACCUGAACGAGAUGAAAUGUUUGAAAAAGAGCCUUUGUAUGGCGGGAUGUUAAUAGAGGAUUAUAUUUAUGAAUCUUUAGUAGAGGACACAUACAAUGGUUCGGUAGAUGGCAGUCUGCUAACAAGGCAAGAAGACGAAAAUGGAUUUAUGCAGCAGAGAGGGAAAGAGCAGAAAAUAAGACUCCCAGAACAGAUUUAUGAAGAUCCUAUGCAACAAAUAACAGACCUCCAGAAAGAGUUUUAUGAGUUAGAAAGCUUACAUUCUAUUGUGCCUCAAGAAGACAUUGUUUCAAGCUCUUUUAUCAUCCCAGAAAGCCAUGAAAUAGUGGAUCUGGGUAGUAUGGUGACUUCCACCAGUGAAGAAAAAAAAUUAUUAGACGCUGAUGCUGCCUAUGAAGAACUCAUGAAGAGGCAGCAAAUGCAGUUAACACCUGGAUCCAGUCCAACCCAGCCCCCCAUCACAGAUGACAUGAUAGAGUCUACCGUGGACUUUGACAGGGUGCCCGAUGCAUCUUUGACAUCAAGUGUUCUCUCAGGAGCAUCUCUUACAGAUUCGACCAGCAGUGCAACACUCUCUAUCCCAGAUGUCAAAAUAACCCAACAUUUUUCAACAGAAGAAAUUGAGGAUGAAUAUGUAACAGAUUAUACAAGGGAAAUCCAAGAGAUAAUUGCCCGUGAAUCACUGAUUUUGACCUACUCUGAGCCUUCAGAAAGUGCUACAUCUGUCCCACCCUCUGACACACCCUCUCUCACGUCUUCUGUUUCUUCAGUUUGUACCACAGAUAGCUCCUCACCCGUCACUACCUUGGAUAGCAUAACCACAGUUUAUAUGGAACCAGUGGAUGUAGUAACUAAAUUUGAAGAUUCUGAGGGAAUUUCUUCAUCAACAUAUUUUCCGGGCAGCAUUAUAGACUAUCCGGAAGAAAUAAGUGUAUCUUUAGAUCGAGCCACCACACCAGAUGGAAGAACUGGUGCUGAUCAUAUCGUAAUUUCCUUAUCUGAUGUGGAGCCUCCUAUUCUAGAAUCUAUAGGAACUAAACCAGAGAGGCUGAUUGCUGACACUGUUUCCACUGACUUACCUGUAUCUGCAAAAGACGCAGUGAAGAAAGCCAAGAAGGACACUGGGAAUGGAAUUAUUCUCGAGGUUCUGGAAGCUUACAGAGAUAAAAGGGAGAAGACUGAGGUUGAACUAACAAAGAUGAGCUUUUCUGAAACUGUGUUUGAUCAACCUCCUUCUUCUGCAGUGGCCCUUCCAGUAGGGGAGCAGGUUUCAGCAACGUGCUUUAUAUCAGGACAGGUCUUUGAUCAAACAAAACCCGCAUCUCCGUUGCCAUCCGGCAGUCCUUCUGUUACCUCUCUUCCAACUAAAACGCGUCCAUUCUUUAGAAGUUCUUCUUUGGACACAGCAGCACAGCCUCCUCCUCCCCCUCCCCCUCCCCCUCCCCCUCCUCCUCCACCCCCUCCUCCCCCCCCUCCACCUCUCCCUCCACCAACCUCACCCAAGCCAAUCAUUCAUCCUACAAAAAAGCUAACAAUUACAGCUCCAGAGACUGUAACCACUACAGCUAAACCUCUAGUUGAUGCUGUUACUACAGUAGAGGCUACAGCUAUUCCAAGAAGUAAUGGGUUACCUGUAACAAAAAUAUGUACCACUGCACCUCCUCCUGUUCCUCCUAAGCCAUCUUCCAUCCCAUCUGGACUUGUCUUUACACAUAGACCUGAGCCAAGUAAACCUCCGAUUGCCCCUAAACCAGCAGUCCCUCAGCUUCCAGUAACUACACAAAAAUCAACAGAUACACACCCCAAGCCAACAGGUCUAUCUUUAGCUUCAAACAUGACAUUAAAUUUAGUGACUUCAGCAGAUUAUAAAUUACCUUCCCCUACCUCCCCAGCAUCCCCUCACUCUAACAAGUCCUCACCAAGAUUUUCCAAAUCCCUCAUGGAAACCUACGUGGUUAUCACAUUGCCAUCUGAACCUGGGACUCCAACCGAUUCUUCAACUAGUCAAGCAGUUACCAGUUGGCCCCUGGGAUCACCCCCCAAAGACCUGAUUUCCAUCGAACCAGUGUUUUCUGUAGUUCCUCCUAUGACAACUGCAGGAAUGCCAAGUUCUUCAGAACAGAGCUUGUACAUGUCAGGAGCUUUGGAGACAUUUUCUGCUGUCCCUGUCACAACGUUAUCUUCAUUUCAAGCAGCCCCAACCUCAGUUACACAGUUUUUCACAAGUGAAGUUUCCAAGGCUGAGGCUUCAGCAGCCAGAAGUGCACUCACUAGUGUUGGUCUCAGCAGCGUCUCUAUAUCGAUUCCUCCAGAGCCUCUUGCUCUAGAUAACCUACAUUUAGAGAAGCGUCAGCGUAAGGAAAAUGGAAAGUUGCCGCUUGUUGGUGAUGCCAUUGAUUUGCGUACAGUACCAAAAGUAGAAGUUAAAGUAACUGAAAAGUGUAUGGAUCUUUCUGCCUCCACAAUGGAUAUGAAAAGGCAGACCACCACACAUGAAGUCUAUGGGAGACAAAUCAGCGCCGUCCAACCAUCUAUUAUAAAUCUCAGUGCAACUUCAUCAGCAGUAACGCCGAUGCCCCUGGUCACUGAGACGGUGACUGUUGUCACGUGCGCAGCUAGUUCAGGUUACACCUUGGGCCCAGAAAGCCUAGUGGGUAUAGAACAUGCAACACCAGCACCCCUCCAGCUUACUACAUCGAAGCAUGCUGAGCCUCCCCCGUACAGGAUACCGAGUGGCCAGGCCUUUCCUGCAGUUAGGGAGGAUGCACCAAUAAACUUAUCUUUAGGUACGUCAGCACACCCAGUGACAUCGGCUGUUACAAAACCUGUUACUGCACCUCCUGUCGGAGUCACAAAUGGAUGGACGGAUAGCGUCACACGCCAGGGAAUGGCUGAUGGGGAAGUAGUAGAUCUCAGUACAACCAAGUCUCACAGAACUGUUGUAACGAUGGAUGAAUCUACUUCCGGUGUGGUGACCAAAAUAGUAGAAGAUGAUGAAAAGCCUGUCGAUCUGACUGCAGGAAGAAGAGCUGUAUGCUGCGAUAUGGUUUACAAGUUACCUUUUGGAAGGAGCUGCACAGCACAGCAGCCCGCAACUACUCUUCCUGAGGAUCGUUUUGGUUAUAGGGAUGACCACUAUCAAUAUGACCGGUCAGGCCCUUCUGGUUAUAGAGGGAUUGGGGGAAUGAAACCUUCCAUGUCUGACACGAAUUUAGCAGAAGCUGGACAUUUUUUCUAUAAAAGUAAGAAUGCUUUUGAUUACUCUGGAGGAACCGAUACAGCAGUAGAUCUAACUUCAGGGAGAAUUACUGCAGGUGAGGUAAUGGAUUAUUCAAGCAAGACUACAGGUCCAUAUCCAGAAACACGACAAGUCAUUUCAGAAGUUGGGAUUAGUACCCCACAGUAUUCCACAGCGAGAAUGACUCCACCUCCGGGAUCCCAGUAUGGUGUGGGGAGUGUUUUGAGGUCAUCCAAUGGUGUUGUCUAUUCUUCCGUAGCAACUCCGAUUCCCUCCACAUUUGCUAUCACCACACAGCCUGGCUCCAUUUUCAGCACCACGGUGAGGGAUUUGUCUGGCGUGCACACAGCUGACGCGGUGACUUCGCUAUCCGCCCUGCACCAGAGCCAGCCAAUGCCUAGAUCAUAUUUCCUAACAACAGGUGCGUCUGAAACAGACAUUGCAGCAACCGGUAUCGAUAUCAAUGCCAGUUUGCAAACUAUUACAGUGGAAACCCUUACCGCUGAGACAAUAGACUCCGUUCCCACUCUAACCACAGCCUCUGACGUGUUUUCCGAAGUGGUGGGAGACGAAAGUGCUAUUUUAAUUGUCCCCGAAGAAGGCAAACAACAGCAGCAGCUCGACUUGGAGCGUGAGCUCUUGGAACUGGAGAAAAUCAAGCAGCAACGUUUUGCUGAGGAAUUAGAGUGGGAACGUCAGGAGAUUCAAAGGUUCCGAGAACAGGAAAAGAUCAUGGUUCAAAAAAAGCUGGAGGAGCUGCAGUCUAUGAAGCAGCACCUUCUGUAUCAGCAGGAAGAAGAGCGGCAAGCCCAGUUCAUGAUGAGGCAGGAGACAUUAGCUCAGCAGCAGUUACAGCUGGAGCAGAUCCAACAGCUGCAGCAACAGCUUCACCAGCAGCUAGAAGAGCAGAAGAUUCGCCAGAUCUACCAGUAUAACUAUGACCCCUCUGGAACUGCUUCUCCGCAAACCACGACAGAGCAGGCAAUUUUGGAAGGUCAGUACGCUGCCCCAGAAGGCGGCCAGUUUUGGGCAACUGAGGAUGCAACCACCACGGCCUCGGCUGUCGUGGCGAUUGAAAUACCACAGAGCCAAGGAUGGUACACAGUGCAGUCUGAUGGCGUCACUCAGUACAUCGCCCCACCUGGCAUCCUGAGUACGGUUUCAGAAAUACCUCUAACAGAUGUGGUUGUGAAAGAUGAGAAACCACCCAAAAAGAGAAGCACUGCGGCUAAAGUCCGUGGACAGUAUGAUGAGCUCGGGGAACAUAUGGCCGAUGAUCCGCGCUGCUUUAAAAAGAUAGUGGACAGUGGUGUUCAAACCGACGACGAGGACGCGGCAGAUCGGAGUUAUGUGAGUAGGAGGAGGAGAACCAAAAAGAGUGUUGAUACGAGUGUCCAAACUGAUGACGAAGAUCAGGAUGAAUGGGAUGUGCCUGCUAGAGCAAGGAGGAAAGCUCGAGUAGGGAAAUAUGGUGACAGCACUGCAGAGGCUGACAAGACCAAACCCCUUUCCAAAGUCUCCAGCAUAGCAGUUCAAACAGUAGCAGAGAUAUCUGUGCAGACUGAACCAGUCGGAACCAUAAGAACACCUUCAGUACGGGCACGCGUGGAUGCCAAGGUAGAAAUAAUUAAACACAUUUCAGCACCUGAAAAGACUUACAAAGGGGGCAGUUUAGGAUGUCAAACAGAAGCAGAUUCAGACACACAGAGUCCUCAAUAUCUGAGUGCCACAUCUCCACCCAAAGACAAGAAACGCCCAACACCUUUAGAGAUUGGUUACUCAUCUCACCUUCGGGCAGAUUCCACAUUACAGCUGGCUCCUUCCCCACCCAAAUCUCCAAAAGUCCUUUAUUCACCCAUCUCACCACUUUCACCAGGCAAAGCCUUAGAAUCAGCCUUUGUACCUUAUGAAAAACCCCUCCCUGAUGAUAUAAGUCCGCAGAAAGUACUGCAUCCAGAUAUGGCUAAAGUGCCCCCGGCAAGUCCUAAAACAGCCAAGAUGAUGCAGCGGUCCAUGUCUGACCCCAAGCCUCUGAGUCCAACAGCAGAUGAAAGUUCCAGGGCUCCUUUUCAGUAUACCGAGGGCUACACGACAAAAGGUUCUCAAACCAUGACACCUUCUGGCUCCCAGAAAAAAGUUAAGAGAACUCUGCCAAACCCACCUCCCGAGGAGACCUCCACAGGCACUCAGUCAACAUACAGCACAAUGGGCACAGUUUCCAGGAGAAGGAUCUGCAGAACCAACACAAUGGCACGGGCCAAGAUUCUCCAGGAUAUAGACAGAGAGCUUGAUCUUGUAGAGAGGGAAUCUGCAAAGCUUAGAAAGAAACAAGCAGAACUUGAUGAGGAAGAAAAGGAGAUCGAUGCCAAGUUACGGUACCUGGAAAUGGGAAUUAACAGGAGGAAAGAGGCAUUAUUAAAGGAGAGGGAAAAGAGAGAGCGUGCCUACCUCCAGGGAGUAGCUGAGGAUAGGGAUUAUAUGUCUGACAGUGAGGUGAGCAGCACCCGACCCACCAGAAUAGAAAGUCAGCAUGGCAUAGAGCGACCAAGAACUGCUCCCCAAACUGAAUUUAGUCAGUUUAUACCACCGCAAACCCAAACAGAAUCUCAACUGGUUCCUCCUACGAGUCCUUAUACGCAAUACCAGUAUUCGUCCCCUGCUCUUCCUACCCAAGCACCCACCCCAUAUACCCAACAGUCCCAUUUUCAGCAACAGACUUUGUACCAUCAGCAAGUUUCACCUUAUCAGACUCAACCAACAUUUCAAGCUGUGGCAACAAUGUCCUUCACACCUCAAGCUCAACCUACACCAACCCCACAACCUUCUUACCAGUUGCCAUCACAAAUGAUGGUGAUACAACAGAAGCCAAGGCAAACUACAUUAUAUUUGGAGCCCAAGAUAACUUCAAACUAUGAGGUAAUUCGCAACCAACCCCUGAUGAUAGCACCUGUUUCUACUGAUAAUACGUAUGCUGUUUCCCACCUUGGGAGUAAGUACAAUAGCUUAGACUUGAGAAUAGGAUUGGAGGAAAGAAGUAGUAUGGCAAGCAGUCCAAUAUCAAGCAUAUCUGCAGAUUCUUUCUAUGCAGAUAUUGACCAUCAUACUCCACGAAAUUAUGUCCUAAUUGAUGACAUUGGAGAAAUUACCAAAGGAACAGCAGCAUUAAGCACUGCAUUUAGCCUUCAUGAAAAGGAUCUGUCAAAAACAGACCGUCUCCUUCGAUCCACUGAAACACGUAGGUCUCAAGAAGUGACAGAUUUCCUGGCACCAUUACAGACUUCCUCCAGAUUGCAUAGUUAUGUGAAAGCAGAGGAAGAUCCCAUGGAGGAUCCUUAUGAGUUAAAGCUUCUGAAACACCAGAUUAAACAAGAAUUCCGUAGAGGAGCAGAGAGCUUAGAUCACCUUGCUGGUCUUUCCCAUUACUACCAUGCUGAUACUGGCUAUAGACAUUUUCCAAAAUCCGAAAAGUACAGCAUCAGUAGACUCACACUUGAAAAACAAGCAGCAAAACAACUACCAGCAGCCAUACUUUAUCAAAAGCAGUCAAAGCAUAAGAAAUCACUAAUUGAUCCUAAAAUGUCAAAAUUUUCUCCCAUUCAAGAAAGUAGAGACCUUGAACCUGACUAUACAAGCUAUAUGACUUCUAGCACCUCAUCUAUUGGCGGCAUUUCUUCCAGAGCAAGGCUUCUUCAAGAUGACAUCACUUUUGGACUCAGAAAAAAUAUUACAGACCAACAGAAGUUUAUGGGCUCAUCCCUUGGAACAGGACUGGGCACAUUGGGAAAUACCCUACGUUCAGCUUUGCAGGAUGAAGCAGAUAAGCCAUACAGUAGUGGCAGCAGGUCCAGACCUUCUUCCAGACCUUCGUCUGUCUAUGGGCUUGAUUUAUCAAUUAAAAGAGAUUCUUCCAGCUCCUCCCUAAGACUGAAAGCUCAAGAGGCUGAAGCUCUAGAUGUUUCCUUUAGUCAUGCUUCACCUUCUGGCCGAACUAAGCCUACCAGUUUACCAAUUAGCCAGAGUAGAGGAAGAAUACCAAUUGUGGCCCAGAAUUCUGAAGAGGAAAGUCCACUCAGUCCUGUUGGCCAGCCAAUGGGAAUGGCCAGGGCUGCAGCUGGGCCCCUGCCACCAAUAUCUGCAGACACUAGGGAUCAGUUUGGAUCAAGUCAUUCGUUGCCUGAAGUUCAGCAACACAUGAGAGAAGAAUCACGAACUAGAGGCUAUGACCGUGACAUAGCGUUCAUCAUGGAUGACUUCCAACAUGCCAUGUCAGACAGUGAAGCCUAUCAUCUGCGUCGUGAAGAAACAGAUUGGUUUGACAAACCCAGGGAGUCUCGUUUGGAAAAUGGACAUGGUCUGGAUCGCAAACUGCCAGAAAGAUUGGUCCACUCUAGACCACUUAGUCAACAUCAAGAGCAAAUUAUACAGAUGAACGGGAAGACUGUGCACUACAUCUUUCCUCACGCAAGGAUAAAAAUAACAAGAGACUCUAAGGAUCACACGGUUUCAGGUAAUGGAUUAGGAAUUAGAAUUGUGGGUGGUAAAGAAAUCCCUGGACAUAAUGGAGAAAUUGGAGCCUAUAUUGCCAAAAUUCUUCCUGGAGGAAGUGCAGAACAGACAGGAAAACUUAUGGAAGGGAUGCAAGUGUUGGAAUGGAAUGGAAUUCCUUUAACUUCUAAAACAUAUGAAGAAGUGCAGAGUAUCAUUGGUCAGCAAAGUGGGGAAGCAGAAAUAUGUGUAAGACUGGACCUCAAUAUGCUAUCAGACUCUGAAAAUCCCCAGCACCUGGAGCUUCAUGAGCCGCCGAAAGCUGUGGAGAAAGCAAAAUCCCCAGGGGUUGAUCCUAAGCAGUUGGCAGCAGAGCUCCAGAAGGUCUCAUUACAGCAGUCACCACUGGUUCUGUCGUCCGUUGUUGAGAAAGGAUCUCACGUCCAUUCAGGUCCAACAUCAGCAGGAUCCAGUUCCGUCCCCAGCCCUGGGCAACCGGGGUCACCCUCAGUGAGCAAAAAGAAACACGGCAGCAGCAAGCCUACUGAUGCAGCCAAGGUUGUCUCUCAUCCAAUUACAGGGGAAAUUCAGCUUCAAAUCAACUAUGAUCUUGGAAAUCUCAUAAUCCAUAUUCUCCAAGCAAGAAACCUUGUCCCUCGAGACAACAACGGUUAUUCGGACCCCUUUGUUAAAGUGUACCUUCUUCCUGGGAGAGGUCAAGUCAUGGUUGUCCAGAAUGCAAGUGCUGAGUACAAGAGGAGGACUAAAUAUGUUCAAAAAAGUCUUAAUCCUGAAUGGAAUCAAACAGUAAUUUAUAAAAGUAUCUCCAUGGAACAGCUCAAGAAGAAAACACUGGAGGUGACCGUCUGGGAUUAUGAUAGAUUUUCUUCCAAUGACUUUCUUGGUGAGGUACUGAUUGAUUUAUCUAGCACAUCUUACCUCGAUAACACUCCUAGAUGGUAUUCUCUCAAAGAACAGACUGAAAGCCUCGAUCAUGGCAAGUCUCAUUCCAGUCAGGGCAGCCAGCAGCCUCCAAAGCCAUCUGUCAUCAAAAGCAGAAGCCAUGGUAUCUUCCCUGACCCAUCCAAGGACAUGCAGGUUCCCACCAUUGAGAAAUCCCACAGUAGUCCUGGUAGCUCGAAAUCCUCCUCCGAAGGUCACCUCCGCUCUCACGGACCAUCUCGCAGCCAGAGCAAAACCAGCGUCACCCAGACCCACCUGGAAGAUGCAGGGGCUGCCAUAGCCGCUGCCGAAGCCGCAGUGCAACAGCUCCGCCUGCAACCAACAGCACAUAAAAGCGGUCAGUCUAAUCAUGCCAGGAAGCAGCACAGACACAGCAUAGCAGGAAUCCUCCCCAUUCAAAGAACUCAGUCUGAUAAUCUGCCUCCACCAGCCAAUGGCAACCAAGACCAAAGCCAGCUAGCCCUCAGGAAGGUGAUGUCUGAUGGACCAGUCAAGCCAGAAGGAGCAAAGCCUACCAAUCACCGCCCCGCAGAAAGCUCCGUGUCUACCGGCUCCUCGGGCAGCAGCUUUGGCAGCGGGUACAGCGUGGACAGUGAAGGAAGCAGCGGCACUGCAGGGGAGACUAAUCUAUUUCCUAUUCCAAGGAUAGGGAAGAUGGGGCAGAAUGGGCAAGAGCCUGUAAAACAGCCAGGGGUAGGAGUGGGACUAACAGACGCUGAAGUCAAAACUCAGGUAAUGGGAGAAAUCAAGAUUGCACUGAAGAAGGAAAUGAAGACAGAUGGUGAACAACUGAUAGUUGAGAUUCUCCAAUGCAGAAAUAUCACCUACAAAUUUAAGUCUCCUGAUCACUUACCAGAUUUAUAUGUAAAAAUAUAUGUGAUGAACAUCUCCACCCAGAAGAAAGUGAUCAAGAAAAAAACGAGAGUUUGCAGACAUGAUAGAGAGCCUUCAUUCAAUGAAACUUUUAGAUUCAGCCUCAGUCCUGCUGGGCAUUCUCUUCAGAUUUUACUUUUCUCUAAUGGAGGGAAGUUUAUGAAAAAGACCUUGAUUGGCGAAGCCUGUAUCUGGCUUGACAAAGUGGAUCUGAGAAAAAGAAUAGUCAACUGGCACAAACUUUUGGUCAGUCCUACUCAAACCCAUUGAAGAAAUGUGUCUGCUCAGGGUAUGGAAACUGUUCUAAAUGAUCUCAAAUCAAGACGACAGUUGGAUACUAUUCUAUUCACGUUUUGGGGGGUAAACGUGAAAGGAGGAACGGCACGCAAAAACAAAGUCUCGUAAAUGUUUUGUUGUGGAACACAGUAAAAAACUCAGAUGAAGAAGUUCCUGUUUUAGGGACCAAAAAAAAAAAAAAGGAUUGCGUGUGGCUGUCAAGACAGUGAGAGCUAUCUUGGUUACUUAAUGCAGAUUAAUGGUGAUUUUGAGCAGAGUUGCCCUAUAGCUAAAGGCAAAUGCUCAACUAUUAAUAUGGUUUCUAAUGCAGAGUUUAUUCUUUAUGCAAAAGAAUCUUGGUUGAAAGGAAAGAACUGACAUAACAAAUCACGAUUUUCGGACGUCUACAAAUCUUUCUUCUUCAUCUUAUUUUCUCCGACAACUUACUGUGUUUAGAUUCCAACACAGGACUCAACUACAGGAUGUGUUCAAGACUAAGAGGGAGGUGGUUGUGUUCAUAAGGAAAAGGUACUGGAGAUGGGGAAAUGAUGGCUUUUAGAUUUUCUCUUUGUCUAAAUGUUACAAGCGUGAACAACACCAACUUUGGAAUUCAUGUUGUAAAAGCACAUUUGUAUAAUUUGAAAUAAUGUAGAGUGAAGAUAAUACUAAGUAGAAAUGGACCUAUGUUUAUUUAGAAAUAAAGCCAUGAUUGGCUAACAAUGAAUGUUGCCCCACAAAAAUAUUGGAACCUUGGUUGAAAACAUCAAAAUCUCCAUAACUUACCAUUACAUUUUCAACAUACCAAAGAACAUAGACUAAAAUGGUAUGUUCUAGGAAGCAUGAUAAGUUGUUCUUUGUGCAAGUGCAAAUAAAUGUGUCAUUCCAUGUAUUUCCUUCCUCUUGAGUGAUGUAUUGAAAGAGGAUAAAUUCAUCCUCUGGAAAACACAUCAUAUUAAUCUGUGACACCAAUUCUUUAAUUGGUGUCAUUUCCUGUUCUUCCAUAAUGCUUUUUUUUUUCCUUAGCGCAUUAACUGAUUGCACAAUGACACCAAACUUAAGUUCUCUCUAGUGUUCCAUUUUCCUCCUUUAGUGACAAUAUCGCAGUGAUCAAGCUUGUCAAUACUGGGAAAAUAUGUGAAAAGUCAACAGUAUAUUGAGAGUAAAAUAUAACGAGCUAUUUUAAUAAUGCAGAAUAAAAGAACCAAUGCCUAAGUCAUUAAAAUGAAGCAUCCUCUUCUCCAUCAACCAACAGGAAAUACACUGAGCUGAGAUUAAAAGCCCAGCUUCUGUCUUGGUCCUGCCACUGACUGUGUCACCUUGCACAUGUCCCUUCAAGUCACUUUUCCCCAGGUUUCUUAUUUGUAGGAUAAAUAUAAUUACAUAUUCUUAGCUUUCCUAAUGGGAUGUGGGGAUGAUCAAACCAAGUGAACUGUGAGAAAAAAGAAAGCACAUUUCCAGAUACAAUUUUAUAGAUAUAAGCAAGGAAUAAUUGUUAUGCAGCUCUUUAUUUCUCAAAUUUUAUAUGCAAAAACAUCCUCCAUACCAAUGGUCAGCAUUGACUUGGAUAAAAGUAGUAUAUUAGCUCCAAAACUAUUUUUUCUUUAAAAUAUAACCUGGUGUUGAACCUGCGAAAAGGUGAAGAAUUAAAUCAAAAUGAUUUGCAAAUCGAGUUAUUAUAAAUUAAAUGAACCUACUAAUCUUAUCCUACCCCAAAAUAAAUUGGUUCUCAGACUGUUCUGAGUUUUAAAAGCUGCUUCUUUAUUCAAAGGUGGGAUUUCCACGGGUUUAGAGAAAUCAUCCCCAAAUAUACUGGUUGGAUGUUGAAUUUUCUCAUUUUUUAAAGAAAAACAUACUUGAAAUUUGAGAGGAAUUGAUUUAAUGUAAAACAUUAAAAAGAAAACAAUUUCUAAUAAAUGCCAGGCUAUCUUUAUUAUAUUCAUAAAGAAAUAGAAAUUCACUCUUCCCCAGUCUAAGAAAGCUAACAGUCACUUUUCUUCCCUGUAUUUUUUUCCCCUCCCCUCGCUGAUAUCGCAGUGUCAUUUACCAAUUGAUACUGCUUUAAAACGAGCACGCAGGGGAGGGGAUUGCUGAAGAUUCGAUAUUGCUAGGAUUUUAUUUUUAGAGACAGCUAGAUCUGCUGAUGGUUGCUAUGGAUAUCGCCGGCAGAAGUUAGCACUUUAGGGAGCUUAUAAUCAUCAUUCAUAAUUGGGGAAGAGAAGGAUUCAGGAAGAUCUCUUUCUGACACAAAAAGGUUCUGCUCUUUGCCCUUAAAAGGACACUCUAGCUCACGCUAGGUCCUCUUCUGCAGCCACUCACACCCAGAGGUAUGCAGGGGAGGUUGUAGGAGCAGUAAGUUUUACUUCAUUCCAGUUGCAAAUUUAUUUUAGAAUAAUACAAAUGAGGUGCCACCAAAAACAAAGAUCAUCCCUUGGUAGCUAUUUGACCUGAAAGAGUAGGAGUCUUUGCAUUACAGGUGCCCCUUUGUUCCGAGGAACUAGUGACGGACGGGGCCAGGUCAAUCAAGAGAGCUAAUGACAUGGCUUUUUGUGCACCAGCAUCCCCCUUCAGAGAGCAUAAGAUCCUGCCAAAGUGUGCCAAGUUUGCCACUGACCAAAAUCCUAAGUUGUGCUGGAAUUAUUCUAUGCAACACUGAUCCUUGAACAAAUGCAUUUCUUCUGAAUGAUGUUGAUUACCCUUCUUACAACAAAACGAUUUCUUUUUUAAUUGCAAAUAGGGCUCCUGGUGUUUUUUUACUUUUUUGUAUAUCUCACAGCACAUGAUUUUCCACUUUUUAUUUUAUUUUAUUUUUUUGGAAUCAGCUUUUUUUUUAUCUGACUGAUGACAAAGUUUGUAAUUUCUAAAUAAUAUGUGAUCAGUCCAAGUACAACACCUAUAUUUUGAAAAGCAUCUUAAUUUUUCCCACAAUUUCAUCGAAUCGUCAGAGACUGGAGUUGCUUCUUGGUUUAAAAUUGGGUCCUAAGGAACUUUUAGCUGUAGAAGCAAAAGCACAGAGUGAAUUUUUACAAAAGACGGGGACUUCUAGGAUGGUCGUUACAGACAUAGAUAACAGUUUGAGCAAGAAGUUGGUGUUUCCCUUAUUUUUACUUAAGAUUAAGAAGACUUUUGGUGACUCUGAACUCUUUCUUUACCAUUUCUGUUGAAAAGAACAGUUUCCAAGAUUAAGGAGCAGGGAUGGUCUUUGCUCCUUAAUGUGCCCAUGUUGUAAUUAACCGUACUAAUAAAUGCAUAUUUUCAACAUAUCAGUGGGAUUAGUUUUGUGGAUCACACACAUUAAAAUAGUCAUAUUGUGGGAAUAUUAUAGCUGGUAACCAGCUGAUACCGAUUCUUUCUAUAGGAAUGUUGUGAUGAUAGCGGUAAUAGUGGUAGUGACACUAGGUCGGUGGUCCUGUGAAGUGAAAUAAAAUUAUAUACUAUAUUGUGCCCAAUUUAUUAGAAAUUAUUUGACCAAUGUUUCGUUUCAUUAAGAUAUCAUAAAGAUGUUUAUAGUAUUUUUUUACUUUAUUAUUUAAAUCAUAACUAACAAUAUUUUUAAAAACUUAUUUUCAUUGCUAUAAUGUCUAAUAUUCCCAAAGCAGCCAACUACAGCUAUAUAUAUAUAUAUGUUUAUAACUCUACAUGUGACAGAGUGAGUUGCCCUCUUGUUGAGCUUGAGAUGGAAGUGAUGGAAAGCUCGAUGAAUAAUCAUGAGCCGUCUCUUUAAUAAUUACUUGCCUUUGAUGUAAUACAAAAAAUGAAUGAGUGAAAUAGAUAUUCUCAUUGAAUAUGACACAUUGAUGUUUUCUGUAUGUUCCAUGUUGUUGUUAUUAUUAAAGAAGCCCAUUAAGUCAAAAUCAUUUAAUCCAAUGAUUCCUUAUCUGAAAUGUAGAUUGAGAGCAUUUUCUUAAAUCAUUACCCUGUACAUACCUAUACAUUUGGUAAAAUAGACAAAGCUGAAAUAAUAAUUUCAUUUGGCAUCAGCAUGUGAAUAUGAUUAUCGUUUGAUUGUGUCUGUAUAUUUGUCGGUGAUGUGCUCAGGUGCUCCCACUACUGAUUAAUGUGUGUGCUAAUAUCCUAACAAAAACACAUCUGAUAUUAAUGGAAAACAUUCUUGUCUGAAAGAAUAAAAAUCUAAUAAAAUUGAUUUCAAAAUAAAAAAUAAAGUACUUGGAGAUAUGUCUUGUUUCUAACUACAUGUUGCAUGCCAUGUUGGUGAUUUGCUAAUGUGUUCUUUUCUGUUCUACCCAAAUCUCUCUGGAAAAUCUAAUGAACAAAUACAAAUUCUUGGGCUAAAGGUUGUAUACAUUGAAUUGAAAUAUACGAGAAUUGUAUUAAAAAUGCUUGUAAAUCUGUCUUGAGUUUUACCCUAUGUAAAAAUAUGUCUUGGUUUUGUGAUUGUAUACAAGAUGUAUCUUGAUAACUUAUGCAAAUUGUGCUGUAUAAAGGCUGUUGCCUCAGCCUUACCAAUAAAUAUUGAAAAUGUCACCUUUGACUUCU